AUGAAUUCCACUACUCCACUAGAAGUAAAUCUUGGAAUAUUUCCCACUAUCUUUAAAGCGUCCAUUGGCUCUCUUUCUCUAUUAUCAGUCAUUCUUCUCACUGUCUACCUCUGCACCCGCAGAGGACCAUCUCCGCCGGACCCUUCUUCCCAUGAUGGCGUCUCCUCUUCCUCAGACGUUCAAGACCCCUCAUUCUCCGUCACCAUCAACAUCGAAGUCCCUCUCAAUACCUACCCCAAAAUUCUUUUCUCGGAUGCCAAACAUGAAAAGGGUGAUUCCAGGAUAGCUUCUUCCUCGAUAUGCUUGGUAGAGUAUAGUGAUAAUGAUGUGCUGCGUUUACUGCCAGACUGUGGUCAUGUCUUCCAUGUGCAAUGCGUUGAUCAGUGGCUGAAGCUGCAUCCUACUUGCCCCAUAUGUCGAAACUCAUCUCCUCAUACUCAAAGUAAUCUAACACCUCAAAUGCCUCCUACGCCAACUACACAACCCUUCGUUGAUCCCUUAUUUGUAAGGUUAAUGCACUAA